CGAUUGUUUCUUCAUCACUAAGGUAUUACAGACAUUUGGUUCUUUAAAUUACGGGGGAAAAAAAUUCUAUAUGGACCCAAAACGAGCAAUGGUGUCCCACAAAAUAUUUCCUGCUUUUACAAAAGUUGGUUCUACAAGUUUUUAAACCUGCCAUAGUGCAACAUGACUCAAAAGCUGCUUAUACAGUUUUAAUAUACGGUCGUAUACCGUAUUUUAAAGUGACUAAAAUACCCCUGUUUAUUUGCCCAUAAAUAUCAAGCUCUAACAAUGCAAUUCUUCCCUUUUCCCCUUUAAUCUCUCUCAUCUCUCUACUAGAAAAAAAAUAAGCAAUUAUGUUGUCCACUGUACCGGCUUUUUCCAUGUCUGAACCGGGUUUAGUUAAUCAAUUUCAGGGGUUGCAAACCGGGUUCACUCCUUGGGAUUGGGACUGCUCUUAUCUCUUUUCCGCUAACCAGCUGUCUCUUGAACCGGCCGUCCCCAGUCCAUGUUAUGGUGAAUCCGACUCUGGUCUCGUCAAAAUUAAUUCCGGUUUUAAUGACAACAAAACCGGUUCUGAUGAAAAUUAUACCGGCUUCAUUAAAAUUAAACCCGGUUUUGACGACUCCUGCAGUCCCCACGGCGUACCAGAUGAACCGGUCUCGGACAACCAAAAACAAUUGACAGCCAUCACGAAUUUCGAGUUGGGAGAGCAGAAUGAUAACCGGAAUAAACUGAUCCAACCGGAGAUGACCGAGGAGAAGAAGAGGAAGAGGAUGGAAUCGAACCGGGAAUCAGCAAAACGGUCAAGAAUGCGUAAACAAAACCACAUUAAUAACUUAAGGAACCAAGUAAACCGGCUCGACAUGGAAAACCGUGAGCUCAAGAACCGGCUUCAGUUAUUUACGUACCAGCUUCAACGAGUGAAUACGGAUAAUAACAGGCUCGUGACGGAACAAGAGAUUCUCCGGUUAAGAUUGUCGGAGAUGCGGCGGUUCUUGAUGAUCAGACAACUUCAACAACAACAACAAUGGGAACUCAAUAACCGGAGAAUGAGCAUGACUGAACAAAACACAUCUUCAUAUGAUAUAUAUAAGUAAAUAAAAAAUAUUUAGAAAAAUACCAUUAAGCUCUUUUUCUUUGUCUCUCUAUGUAAAUGACAUUGAAGGUUUAGGGCAGAGAAAAUGAUAGUUUUCGAGAAGGAGAAGAAGAAGAUGAAAAAUGUUUUUAUUUUUUGUAAUCUUUUUUUUUUCCACUCUCGUAGGAAGUGAUCGUUGUCAUGUUAUGAUAAAUAACUAAAAAAAGUUAUCAAAUUAAUGCAAUGAUAUAAUAUUAUCC